AUGUACCAACAGGGGCCGAAGCCGGGGCGUGCCAUGCGCAACCCACGCUCACCGCCGCCGCUGCAGCAUCCCGUACCGACACACCCACAGCGUACGGGCACAGAGUCGCCGCUGGGGACGCAGUUCCCGCGCGACGAAUCGAACCCGUACGGCCCACCGCAGCCUGUGCAGCCUGUGCAGUCGCGUCAGCCUGUGCGAGGCACGCCUGUGGUAAACAAGAUCGAACAUGGGUACCAGCGGAUCAGCUCACCCGGCCCCCCAAUGCCUGAUGCAUACAAUGCUGCGCCGCAGCAGCGCUCCAAUUCGUCGCUGAGCAACCCAUAUGGUAUGAGCCGCACCAGCUCUGUCGCGAGCACCGCGCCGAAUCCAGGCGUGUACCAGCCUGCGACGGCAUGGUACGACGGCACGAGUACGCCCAAUGCGUACCCAAAUGUGCCGUACCCGAUGCCUCCACCGACGGACUCGUAUGCUGGCGAGGAUACGUGGAACUACGACGGCACACAAAACACACAAUCUUCUGCGAUCCCGAGCUUUAGCGCCGGUGGAAUGAUGAAUGACGCUACCGCACAGAUGGGAAUGCAGUUUGGGCGGCACGUUGCGCAAGUGGGUGGGGAGUACAUGCAGAAAAAUUUGAACGCACUGCUUCCGAUGCCCGUGUUGAAACACUACUUUAACGUGUCAAACUCCUACGUCCUCCACAAGCUGCGGAUCAUCUUGUUUCCCUGGCGGCACAAACCAUGGUCGCGCAAGCUGCAGUAUGGAGGUGGGUAUGGUGGUUCGGGGAUCAUGUCGCCGAGCUCUACACCCCAGCCGUACGGCGCGCCGGACAGGCUGCAGCCCGAUCCGCGCCGUAAUUCGAUGCAGGAACCGGUUUCGUUCUGUCCGCCGCGCGAGGACGUAAACAGUCCGGAUAUGUAUAUACCCUGCAUGGCGUUUGUCACUUACACAAUUUUGUCGUGUAUCAUUUAUGGUUUACGUGGCCGAUUCCAUCCAGAAGUACUUGGGUUCACCGCGUCUCGUGCAUUGGCCAUUAUCGUGAUUGAGUUUAUCAUCGUCAAGUUGGGCUGCUAUCUGCUCAAUAUUCAGGGGGACCAUACGGUUGUUGAUUUACUUGCAUUUGCGGGAUACAAGUUUGUCGGUACGCUGCUUGUACUCGCCGUAGGCAUGCUGCAAAUGGGACGUACUUUGUACUGGCUCACAUUCCUGUACGUGUUUGCCGCAAAUGCAUUUUUCCUCUUGCGGUCGUUGCGCUAUGUUAUCCUUCCUGAUCCAUCUUCGCCUUCGAACUCGACCAUCACGCCCUUGCAGCGCUCCACGCGCAUUCAGUUCCUGUUUGCGAUUGCUGUGUCUCAAAUUAUAUUUGGUUGGCUGCUUGUCAUUGGUGUGUACUGA